AAUAGAGCUUUGGAAUAAGUAUUUUCUUGUCAAAAAAGUUAAGUAGCUCUCCUUUUCAAUUUUCCUUUUAAUCAAAAAGAACCUUGUUUCAAUCUUUCUUCACAUUUUUGGUAUGGGGAAAAUCUGGAUCGAAGUUUGUAUAAUAUCAGCUCGAGGUCUCCGGCGUUCGUCGUCGUUUUGGAAGCUACAGUGGUUUACAGUUGGGUGGAUCGAUCCCGACAACAAAUACUGCACCAAGAUUGAUGCUUCGGGGAGCUCAAAUCCGGUAUGGAAAACCAAGUUUGCAGCUCUGGUGGAUGAGUCAAAUAUUCAGGACAUGGUGCUGCAUGUUGAAGUAUACAGUAGAGAGCCUAUUUUUCUUAGGGAAAAGCUUCAAGGGACUGCCAGUGUUGCCUUGAAAGAAUUUCUGGCCAAAUAUAACAACAAUUCCACCUCUUCCAGUGAAGAAGUAGGGAGCUACCAGUUGCGCAAAAGAAAUUCCAACAAGCCUCAAGGAUUUGUUGACAUCUCUAUUCGUAUCUCGGAGGAGAGGGAAAAUCCUGCUUCCUUCCCAGGUAAUGAAGGAGGACUUGUUCUCAUGGACCAUAGAACUGAUAUUCCUAUAUCCACUGAAGGUGGCUAUCCAGCAGAGGCAACAGGGCCUCACAAACAAUCUCAGGUGAACAUCCCAUUCCCAUAUAAACAUCCAGUGCCAUAUCCUACAAGCAAUUACAACCCAUCUCAAGGUGAACCAUCAGCUUCUGGACCCGGCUAUCGUCCACCUAGGAGUGCCACUCCCCCACCUCCACCCCCUCCCUCUAAUGUUGGUUACAUUCCCACAUUCCUUCCGAGAACAGAGACUUACAUGAACAUGCCGUCGUCUGUGGGAGCUGGAGUAGGGCCAAGACCUGGUUUUGCAAUGGGAGUUGGGGCAGGAGCACUGGCUGCUGGUGCUGUGCUCUUUGGGGAUGACUUCAUGUCAGGGUUUGAUGUUCCUGCUGGCUUCCAGGAUCCCACCUUCGCCAUAUCCACCGAUCCCCCCUUCUGAUGUAACACGGCUUGUAAUGUAAUGUAAUGUAAUGCAAUUUUAGUAAUCCCGCAUCGUAUAUAUAAAUGAAAAUAUUCCACAA